GUAUUUGUUUAGCUCUGGUAUUCCCCUCAUUGCUAUGUAUUCCCCGAAUUUCUAUGUAAAAAUUAUAGUCGGUGUCGCGAGGUACAUACAUACGUAGUGUGUCAUGAGCGUUUAAACUUGCGAGUUGUUUAUGGUUAGUGUGUUAAAAAAUGCCAACAAAGCAGAGAAAAUCAUUGCAAAUCAGAGUAAAUUUGCAUCAAAAAGCUGAGAUUUUAAGAAAACUCGAUGAAGGUAUUCAUGGAAAUCGAUUGGCGUUGGAUUAUAAUGUAUCUAAGGCGGCCAUCUCAAAAAUAAACAAAAAACGUCAUGAAAUUUUGGAGGCAGUGGCAAACACACAUGAAGUUGCAACCAAGAAAACUUUACAUAAAUCGGAAUAUCCCGUUCUUGAGGCAAGGUUGUAUAAAUGGUUCUUAAGCCAAAGACAGCGUAAUUGUGCAAUGAGUGGUCCAAUUUUAAAGGCAAGAGCCAAGCUCGAAUUUGCUAAAUUGCACACAGGAAAACAAUUUCGUGCAAGUGAUGGAUGGCUUGCAAAUUUCAAGAAAAGAUUCGGUAUUCGCCACUUAAAAAUUUGUGGGGAAAUCCUCUCAAGCGACAAGUCAGGAAUAACAUCGUUCAUUCAUAAUUUGCGGACAAAAAUGAAUGAAAUGGAAAUUUCGGAUAUGCAGCUUUAUAACGCAGAUGAAUCUGGAUUAUUUUAUCGUUUCCUGCCCGAUAAAACAUUUGUCGCGGCAAACGAAAAGACGGCACCUGGCCGAAAAAUAGCAAAGGAUAGAAUCACAUUUAUGUUGUGUGCGAACGCAGAUGGUUCGCAUAAGUUGAAACCAUUGAUAAUUGGUAAAUCCGCAAACCCCCGUUGCUUCAAGGGGUUUGAAAACCCAUUGGAAUAUGCUAACUCGCAAAAGUCUUGGAUGAAUUCAGAGCUAUUCUUUCGCCGGUUCCAUCAUUCCUUUAUUAAGCAGGUAAAUUUAUUUUUUCUAUCCUUUAAAAUUUUUAAGUGUGCCAAAAUAUUUGUCAGCUUCGCAAAUUUUCUGCUGAAAAUAAUUUACCACCAAGGGCAUUAUUGCUGAUUGACAACUGUACUGCAUAUAAGCCAAUUGACAAGUUACAGUCAGAUGAUGGAAACAUUGCGGUAAUGCUUUUACCACCUAACGUGACAGCUGUUUUGCAGCCCAUGGAUCAAAAUCCUAUAAGACUGGUCAAGUUAGAAUACCGGGCUAAACUGUUAUGGAAUAUUGUAGCACAAGAAAACAUUCCGGUUGAGAAUAUUUUGAAAGGACAUUCAAUUCGUGAUGCCAUCUUGCUGCUUAAAUUAGCAUGGGAUGAAUUGUCAGGAGCUGUGCUUAUAAAAGCUUGGAAAAAUAUAAAACAGUGGGACGAUAAUCAAUACGACAGCGAAGACGAAAUCCCAUUGCUUACAUUGAUUAGAUCAAAUAGUUCUCACGAUGAAACACUUCGAGAGGCACAAUCGUUAUUGUCCAAGGUGGGUGGUGUUGACGUCAGCAGUGAAGACAUCGAAAAUUGGAACGACGAUCAAAAUACGGAAGAUGAUGAAGAUUUCGAAGUGUCUGACAAUGAACAUGAAGAACCAGUUGUCGAGGAAGUUAUGCAACAACAGAAAGUCAGUUUUUCCGAAGCAGUUGAAUGCAUCAAUACCUUGAUAACGUGGUAUGAAAACAAUAAUGAUGCAAAUCAGAUAUCACAUCUUAUUAAUAUGCGUACGAAAAUUGUCAGGAGCUAUUACACAAAAGAAAAGAAAUAAACAAGUCUCGACCGCUUCUUUAAACCAGCC